ACCAAACUCUCUCUCUCUCUCUCUCUCUCUCUCUCUCUCUCUCUUCCACAAUCCGACAAAACCAUUCUCUUCUACCUAUGCUCAGUGGCUCCCUUUGUAAUAUUCCACCAAAGCACCUCCUUUUUCUUGACCCUUUUUUCUUCUCAUUCUCACACUGCCUUUUAUUUUCACAUCAACACAAAAAAACCCACAACACUCACAAAGAACAGAACAACAUAAACAAAAACAAAAACAGAAACAAACCCUUUUCCGUUUAACCUCUUCUUUGCAACACCCUUUUCUUCUUAACCCUUUUUUCAUCUAUAAUGGAGAAGAUUAUACCUAUUUACAAGCUUGAAUCUCGUGGUAUAGUGUAGUUUUCAUCUUUUGUUCUUUACUACCUUUGUUCUCUUGUUCUUUCUCUCUCUCUCUCUCUCUCUACUCUCUCUCUCUCUACACCUUCCUCUACCGGAGGAUGGAAUUCCGGUGCAAGAACCUGAAAGUAGUGAACUUAGAUCCAGAGAGAAAACGAAGUGGUGGUUUAAGAACAAAACAAGCAGGAAGAGGAUCGUGCCGUGGUAGUUAGUUUCUAUAAGAAAAGAUGAUAAAAAUGCGUCUUAUUUGGUUUUAAGAGAUACCCUUUUGUUCAUUCUUACUUCUGAAUGUUACUUUGAUUCCAUUCAUUGACAAAAAGUGAAUCUUUUUAGUGGAAAUAAAAAUGGGAUUUUUGUUGAAACAAGCUUUGAAGACUCUUUGUGCUAGAAAUCAGUGGUCUUAUGCUGUUUUUUGGAAGAUCGGUUGCAAUAAUUCAAAGCUGUUAAUCUGGGAAGAUUGCUACUAUGAACCCUUACCAUCUGCUUUCCUUCCACAAAUUGUUGGAACAUCUAAUUUGCCUUACCGAGAUGGGGAAGGAUGCUGGUUUUCUUCUGAUUCUCAACUAAGGAUUCAAGAGGACGACAGAGUCGGUUCAUUGAUUAACAAAAUGAUGGUGAAUAGUUCUGUCAAUGUUGCUGGUCAAGGGAUACUUGGACGAGCGGCAUUCACAGGAAAUCAUCAGUGGAUUGUUUUGAACAAUUUCAUUAAAGAUGCAUAUCCACCAGAGGUAUUAACCGAGGUGCAUUGCCAAUUUUCAGCUGGAAUGCAGGUUUGUGUUUUUAAUUAUGCUUCAUGUUUUGCGAUAAUUUUUUGUAUUACUUUUCCUGAUCCAACAUUGUAUUCAUGUUUGCAGACAGUGGCGGUUAUUCCCGUGCUUCCCCACGGGGUUGUUCAACUUGGUUCCUUCUUGCCGAUAAUGGAGAAUAUCGGAUUUGUGAAUGAUGUGAAGAACUUGAUAUUUCAAUUGGGAUGUGUUCCUGGUGCCCUUCUAUCUGAAGACUAUUCGGCAAGACUUUCUAAUGGAUCCGUGACUGGUUGUGUGCCUGUGUCAUUUGAUCCACAAAUCAUUACUCCAAGCUUCACUUCGUCAGUAGCUAAUGGAUCUAACCAACCGAGUACUUCAUCACAUGGUCCUAUGCCUGUUGCUUCUCAACUACCUCCUUUUCGAAGUCGAGAAAUAAAUAGUCACCGUGGUACUGUAUUAACACCUCAAUCCCAAAACCUAAACCAGAUAUUUGAUAGCCUUAGCCAACCAAAGGCUCAACGAGAGAAUACAACUGUUAAGGCAGAAGCUGAAGUGAUACCUGCAAAUCUCGAUUCUUCAUGUCUGCAACCGCGUUCUGUUUCAUAUAAUGCAAGAUCUGCGUUCAAUGAAUUAACUGAUUCAAAUGUAUCCAAUCUGAAUGGUUUCAGCCUUAAACAUAUGGAGCAACAAAUGUUAUCAGGUAUUGGAAGGCAAAGUCACGGUAACCCUAAUAUGAAUCCAUCAUCAAGUGGCUUAAAUAUGUCUCGAUCGAAAACGGAUGGAGGCCAAAUUUAUUAUCAGAAUUCUAACAACACUUCAUUUCUUGGAGGAAUCCCAAUAUGUAGUGGGAUGAAUAAUAAUCUUCUAAGGACAAAUAUGAUUAACUGCUCGGUUUCAAACUCUCCCCAAUUUUCCACCACCGGUUAUUCCGGAACACAAAAAGUAGAGUUUGGAAUUCAAAACAAUAAUUCAACUAAAGCUGCAAAUCACAUGCAUGUAGAAGCUUUUGAUCAAAAGAAUCUUUCCAAUGAUUUAAAGCAUGCUCAAGAUGCUUUGGCUUCCACGGAUCAAAGGAUAGAUGAUUUGCUCGAGGCCCUAAAGAUCCCGUCAUCAUCAUCAUCUCUUCACCAUGAGGAACAUGUGCCUAUGAAUGAUCACAUUCCUGAUUUUCUUCGUGAUUGCCUAGAUAAAGAUGUUACUAACCACCAAAUGAUGAAAACAAAUUUUGAACAAGAAGAAGCUUGUACUCAACUUUCAUCUGGUGACGAUGACUUGUUUGAUGUCUUGGGUUUGGAUUUCAAAAGAAAACUGCUGAACGGAAACUGGAAUUUGUUGUUUGCCGAUGAAACAGAUGCCAGUGCAGAAAAACAUGACAAAAAGGCAAUGUGUAAGAAUUUUCCGGUUGUAGGUCAUGAUAAUAUUUUUCCGGUUAAUGAAGCAAUAUCAAACAAUGGCAUGUUCUCUGGAACAAGCACUGAUCACCUCUUAGAUGCUGUGGUCUCAAAGAAUCAAUCUGCUGCGAAUCAGAAUUCUGAUGAAAUGUCUUGCAGGACCACAGUAACAAGGAUUAGUACUGCGUCUGUUCUUUCUCCUACCGGAAUGCAGAUUAUGCGCAAUCAUGUUGGCCAGGCUGCACCAUUUGAUUUUCCCAAGACGGAGGUUAAAACAGGUGCUGCAGAAACGAGUUCUCUGAUUUCCGGCGGCAGCAAAGAUAAUGUUGGAAACUGUUCUCAAACCACUUCCAUAUAUGGUUCUCAACUUAGUUCAUGGGUGGAAAAUAGUAGCACCAAUAUGAAGCGUGAAAAUAGUGUUUCAACUGGAUACUCUAAGCGGCCAGAUGAAGUUAGCAAAUCAAAUCGUAAAAGGCUUAAACCAGGAGAGAACCCUAGACCUCGACCUAAAGAUCGCCAAAUGAUUCAAGAUCGCGUGAAAGAGUUGCGUGAAAUUGUGCCUAAUGGAGCAAAAUGUAGCAUAGAUGCGCUUCUUGAACGAACUAUCAAACAUAUGCUUUUCUUACAAAGUGUGACCAAGCAUGCUGACAAGCUGAAACAGACUGGGGAAUCGAAGAUUAUUAGUAAAGAAGGUGGUUUGUUAUUAAAAGACAACUUUGAGGGAGGUGCUACAUGGGCAUAUGAGGUUGGUUCACAAUCUAUGGUGUGCCCUAUCAUAGUUGAAGAUCUUAAUCAUCCCCGUCAGAUGCUAGUGGAGAUGCUUUGUGAGGAACGAGGUUUCUUUCUGGAAAUAGCCGACUUAAUCAGAGGAUUAGGGUUAACUAUCUUGAAGGGUGUCAUGGAAGCUCGCAAUGACAAGAUCUGGGCACGCUUUUCUGUUGAGGCAAACAGGGAUGUAACAAGGAUGGAAAUAUUCAUGUCACUAGUUCGACUUUUGGAGCAAACAGUGAAGGGAGGUGCAUCUUCAUCAAAUGCCGCAGUUGAUAACAAUAACAUGAUGGUUUAUCAUUCUAUCCCACAAUCCACCUAGUUUCUUCUUGGUCUGGAAUGUUGUUGAGAGCACAUACUUGCCAUGAUUGACAUCAAAUCUAGUUCAGGUGAUAUUAACUUUCUCUAACCACACCAUCGUGAGGGAUGUGUUUAGUUAGUGAAGAGCAUCUCAAGAUUAAUUUGGAUCGGCAUAAAAACAAUUGUAAGAUUGUUUCCUCUUCUACUUUGCCAAGAUAGCUUGAUGCUUUAGGAAACUCUUUGUUAACUUGCAAUUUUUCUUUCUUUCUUUCUUGUAAUUUCAUUUGUGUGUUAGUGUUAUGAUUCAGAUGUAUAGAUGUUUUAGGAUUUGGAUAGUGAUCUUUGGUGUGUUAUAAAACUAACUGAUGUUAUUAAUAUGAGCUUUGUGUGGUUUGUAA